AUGAGGAAAUCCAAGAAGUCGAAAUUCGCUUCAAUUGGUUCAAGAGUUUCCAUCCCCAAUGACGACAAGACAGGUCGUUCGCCGUCACCCUCAUCGACGAACCGGCAGCAGCCGCUGCUGGAGGCGAGUAAGCCAUGUUCAAUGCGCGUGGGAGAGGUGGCGGGUGGGACGGCGGCGGAGUGUGCGGCGGUGUGCUGCUGCCCUUGCGCCCUGCUGGUGAACCUCCUGGUGCUGGCGGUGUACAAGCUGCCGGCGGGGCUGUGCCGGAAGGCGCUGCAAGGCAAGCGCCGGCGGCGGCUGACGAAGCAGGGCCUGCUGCCGCAGCGGAGCAGCCGCUGCCACUGCGGCUGCGACGACACCGAGGUCCAAAUCCACCCCAUCUCCGUCGUGGACUUAUCGCCCGCGGCCGAGUCGCUCCCGCCGGACAAAGAGGUGCUUCAGCUCGAGAAGGAAAUGUGGGAUCGCUUUUACAGCACCGGCUUCUGGCGAAGUCCUUCCCAAAGAAGCAAUUUUUCACCUUAA